AUGACAACUUCAUCCGCCUCAAUAGCCUACAUAGGCAUAAUAGGCCGCAACAACAACCCCCUUCACACAACGAUCCUCUCCCCUAUCCGUACGCCGCUCCAAUUCUCCCUCCUCCUCUCCAGCACAAUCGAUAUCUUCGACAUGCGCGCCAAGUCCUCCGCCCCGACCUCCUCCUCCGCCUCUCCCAACCUGACGGGCGAGCUCGGCCUCCUGCACGCCGUGGACGAUCGGCUGGCCGCGUACGGCUUCGAGACGAAUACGGGCGUGAGGUUCGUCGUGGUGGUGGAUGUUAGGGCUGGAGAGGAUGGGAUUAGGUCUGGUGUCGGGCUGAAGGAUUCGGACGUGCGACCUGUAUUUAAAGCUUUACAAUCGGCGUACGUCGCCCUCCUACAGAACCCCUUUUACGAUCCGGACGAACAUACCCCGCCCUACGGCCAGGGAGGCAAGAAGAUUGCCAGCCGGAAGUUUUCCGCCGAGGUGAGGAGGAUAGGAGAGAAAUGGCGCCCUGGGAUUACCGCCAUAUAA